UCUCCUUCUUCUUCUGCUUCUCCUUCUCCUUCUACUUCUGCUUCUUCUUCUCCUUCUUGUUCUUCUUCUUCUACUACAUCAUCAUCAUCAUUUUCUUCUUCUUCUUCUUCUUCUUCUUCUUCUCAUUCUACUUCCACUUUUUCUUCUUCUUCUUCUUCUUCUUCUUCUUCUUCUUCUUCUUCUUCUUCUUCUUCUUCUUCUUUUUCUUCUUCUUGUUCUCCUUCUUGUUCUGCUUCUUCUUCUCCUUCUACUUCUGCUUCUUCUUCUCCUUCUUGUUCUUCUUCUUCUCCUACUUCAUCAUCUUCUUCUUCUUUUUCUUCUUCUUCUUCCUCUUCUUCUUCUUCUUCUUCUUCUUCUUCUUCUUCUUCUUCUUCUUCCUCCUCCUCUUCUUCUUCUCCUUCUUCUUCUUCUUCUUCAUCUUCUUCUCCUUCUACUUCUGCUUCUUCUUCUCCUUCUUGUUCUUCUUCGUCUACUACUUCAUCAUCAUCAUCAUCAUCAUCUUCUUCUUCUUCUUCUUCUUCUUCUUCUUCUUCUUCUUCUUCUGCUUCUUCUUCUUCUUCUUCUUCUUCUUCUCCUUCUUCUUCUGCUUCUCCUUCUACUUCUGCUUCUUCUUCUCCUUCUUGUUCUUCUUCUUCUGCUACUUCAUCAUCAUCAUCAUCAUCAUCAUCUUCUUCUUCUUCUUCUUCUUCUUCUUCU